UAUAAACUUCUAGAUUUCCGCUCCUUUGUGUUUGUUUGUUUGAUGUUAGAUUCUGGUCUUGUUUGCGUCGAAGUUCGAAGUCACGCUUUCGCUGUACACAAACAAAAUUUAUUUGUUUGAAACAAUUGGUUUCGCCUGCUGAAAAUCAGUGGCUGCACGACAUGUCAUCAAGAAAAGCUAGUGCUUACGAAGUGAGGGAUGAAGGCCCUGGAUAUGUUGGCAUCAUUUUCUGUCCAGAAUGCAACAACAUGCUGUACCCAAGAGAAGAUAAGGAGAAUAAGAUUCUGCUCUAUGGGUGCCGCAACUGUGACUACAAAAGCAUUGCUAGCCGCAGCUGCAUUUACGUCAACAAAUUGACACAUGAUAUUGAUGAAAUCAAGCUGAUAAACCCUGACGUGAUCUCUGACCCGACUCUGCCACAAACUGAGGAACACCCAUGCCCAAAAUGCGCUGAAACCGAAGCUGUUUUCUUCCAAUCCCAAACAAGAAGGGCUGAAGACGAGAUGAGAUUGUACUACGUGUGCAAAAACAGAAAAUGCUUGAACCGUUGGACAGAAUAGGUAAUAGGCACACCCAGCUAUCAUAGAAUUAAGAAUCAUUCCUGUAGAUGCAUUUAAGUACAAUACGUUUUAUUUUAUAUUCCAUUACUUCACAUAAUUACCUCAAUCCGCUAAUGGAAUUUUGAUUACGGCCAUUAGUAUAGUGAACACUUUUGGAAGUAUAGUUUUGUCUUGUCAGUGGAAUUGAUUCCGUUGCUAAUGAUCUUAUUGCGUUUAUCCACUACUUGAUCUAAUAAAAUAGGAAUAAAACUCGCAUAAUA